AUGGAAAAACUUGGAGGAGCGACGAUGAGAGAGGAGAGCAAGCGGAGGUUUAGGGAGGCGCUCAGCAGAAUCUACUUCCCCGCUCGUCCUCCUCCGCUGUCGCCGUCGCCGGCGCCGGCGCCGGCGCCGCCGGUGGGAAUAGAUCACUCCGAUCUCCGUAUGCGGCUUUCUUCCCUAGGUUUUUGAGGCGGGAUCUCGCGGCCUGGUUAUUAUUCUGUGCCUGUUUGUUCCUGUGUCUGGCUCAGCAGGAGAGGGGGACGGAUCGGAGGAGAAGGACAAGGAAGAGGGGCUCUCAUCUGAAAGCGGGGAGCAACCCCGGAGGCUGACGAGAUCUCAGAGGAAGAGACUCCGGAAGAGAAAGCUCAAGGAGGCAGCCCCCGUCGCCGCAUCGGGGCGGAGGAGGAAGAUCAUCGGGCCACUGUUGCCGUCUUCCGGCUCAACCCCCGCUUCUGAACGUCUCGAAGGUGAGGAAGGAUCCAGUGAGCCUGCGCUGCCGAGGGAGAACGACAUCUCUCUGGACUUUCGACAAACGCCUCCCGUGCUUUAG